UCACAAAUCCACAUUCUGCAAGUAUCACAUCCUGUGUGGUGGUAAACAUUGGCUCAGGAAGAUAAAGACAAAUAGGAACUAUUGACAAGGCUGCCUGAAAACCAAGAACUGACACCGUGCUGGAGUUUCUGAGUGUUCAGCUGGAACCAAGGGCCCACUCCUUGGAGACAGUGUUGACAGCAUCAUCAUGAUAUCACAACCCAAUGCAAGGGAGACCAUUGCUGUGCUCACAACAAGGGGCAUCAACCUACCCGAGUCAGAGAAACCCCUGCACCGUGGACAGGACAUCCUGAAGAAGUAUCUAAAGGCAGAAAUCAAAGUUACUGGGACUCUCCAGAUCCUGGGCGGUGUGAUGGUGUUGAGCUUGGGCAUCAUUUUAGCCUCAGCACCCAUCUCUCAACAUUUUUCCUCAGUGUUUUCUAUCCUGCUGAAAUCUGGCUACCCAUUCAUAGGAGCCUUGUUUUUCAUCCUCUCUGGUGUUCUAUCCAUUCUCACGGAGCAAAGGUCGACAAAGCAUUGGGUGCACAGCAGCCUGGCCACGAGCAUUUUGAGUGUUCUGUUUGCUCUGAUGGGUUCCAUCAUCCUCUCUGUCAACCUGUUGGCUUUGAGUCCUGCCUCCCAGCAGUGGAGCCUUGUCAAUGAUGCUCAUUUACACUAUGCUGGAGUUGUGCCUUGCAGUCCCUACUGCUGUGCUAUGGUGGAAACAGGCUCAUUCCAACUUUGCUGGGGGUGUGCUUUUCUUGCCGGGGAAUUACAAGAAUAAACCAAGCAUGUCCUCAAAAGUGAUUGGUGAUUGUGACUAUGAAGAACUAUUGACUUCUUAGGAAAAUAAACAAGAAGGACAUUCAUCAGAAAGUUGGUUUUCAUGAAGUACAUAAAAUCUAAGCAUUUCAGGAGAGAAAAAUUUGAGUUCUCUGAAAUAUUGGCUUCUUAUAGAAUAAAUAUCAAAAUAUUGCUGAGUA